UCGCCUCUGCUUCCGCAGAGGCGCGCGGAAGUGUAUAGUGCGCAGGCACACAAGGGGUCGCGGACUAUGGCCACCUCCUCCGUGUCCAAGGGCUGCUUUGUGUUUAAACCAGACUUCAAAAAAAGAAAGAUCUCUGUGCCAAUAGAGGACUAUUUUAAUAAUGAGAAAGUUCAGUCUGAGGACAGUAAACUUCGAUUUGAAACAUAUCACUUGCUAUGGCAACGGAUAAAAUCUGAAACAGAGGAGCUACAGAAGAAAUUAAAUGAAAAUCUGUUUGAUAACCUAGUUGACUUUCUGCAGAAGUCCCAUUCUGAAUUCCAAAAAAAUUCAAGAAACUGGGCCUGCCAACUGAAACUCAGAGAGAUUCCAACUGCUGCUCUUAUUCUUGGUGUGAAUGUCACGGAUCACGAUUUAAUAUUCAGAAGUCUAACAGAGACUCUUCAGAACAAUGUCACACCAUAUGUAGUCUCAGUGCAAGCUAAGGACUGUCCAGAUGUGAAACAUUUUUUACAAAAGUUGACCUCACACUUGAUGGACUGCUGUGUAGAAAGAAAAUUCAACGAGGAGAAAAGUGUUAAGACUCUCAAAAGGACAAAUUACUCAAUGGAUUCACUUGCUAGUUGGUAUGCAACUGUCACACAGGUAAACGAAACUGAAUAUUCAGAAAGAAAGAGGACGUCCUCCAGCCAGUGGCCGGCUCCCCCUGUUGUGCUCAUCUUAAGUGACAUGGAGAGCUUCAGCACAAAGGUGCUGCAGGACUUCAUCAGCAUCAGCAGUCAGCAUCUGCAUGAAUUUCCACUAGUUCUCAUUUUUGGAAUCGCCACAUCUCCUGUUAUUAUCCACCGACUGCUUCCGCAUGCAAUAUCUUCUCUGCUGUAUAUAGAGCUGUUCCAGUCUUUGUCUUGCAAGGAGCACUUGACAGUAAUUCUUGAUAAGGUACUUCUUACGGCUCAGUUUCCUUUUAAAAUAAGUAAAAAGGCAUUACAGGUUCUGACCAACAUCUUUUUGUAUCAUGAUUUCUCAAUUCAAAACUUCAUCAAAGGACUUAAGCUUUCUCUACUAGAACAUUUAUAUUCCCAGCCCCUGAGUGUUCUGUGCUGCGAUCUCCCGGAAGCCAAGAAAAGAGUACAUUCUCUCUCGGUUCAUCAGUGUGAGAACAUCCGUCGCCUUCCUUCAUUUAGGAGGUACGUUGAAAAGCAACCUUCGGAAAAGCAAGUUGCACUGUUGACCAAUGAGACGUUUUUAAAGAAGGAAACUCAAUCAUUAUUGGAAGACCUACAUGUUUACCAUAUCAAUUACUUCCUUGUUUUGAGAUGUCUUCAUAAUUUUACCUCUUCUCUUCCCAAGUACCCACUGGGCCGACAGAUCAGGGAGCUCUAUUGCACAUGUUUAGAACAGAAAAUAUGGGAUUCGGAGGAGUACGCAUCAGCCGUGCAGCUGCUGAGAAUGCUGGCAAAGGAUGAACUGACGAACAUACUUCAGAAAUGUAUUGAGGUUUUGAAUUCCUCUACUGAAAAGCAGCUUGGCAACACAGCACAGAAAAUAAAGGAUUUUUUGGCCCAGUUUCAGAACCUUGAUGCAGAUAGCAAAGAAGAUGAGGAUGCCUGUGGAUCAGAGGCAAAGGGGCUGCAGAAGACAGACCUCUAUCAUCUUCAGAAGUCCUUACUUGAAAUGAAGGAGUCAAGAAGAACUAAGAAGCAAACCAAGUUUGAAAUGCUCAGAGAAAAUGUUGUCAACUUCAUGGACAGCCUGGUGAGAGAUUACCUUCUGCCUCCUGAGAGCCAGCCUUUGCAUGAGGUAGUGUACUUCAGUGCUGCCCACACACUCCGUGAGCAUCUGAAUGCUGCCCCACGGAUUGCCCUCCACACUGCACUCAACAAUCCUGGUUACUAUCUAAAGAAUGAAGCACUGAAGAGUGAGGAAGGUUGCAUUCCAAACACUGCCCCUGACAUCUGUAUAGCAUAUAAACUGCACCUCGAAUGUGGCCGGCUCAUCAACCUUGUCGACUGGUCAGAGGCUUUUGCAACAGUUGUGACCGCUGCUGAAAAAAUGGACGCAAGCUCUACAGCCUCAGGAGAAGAGAGUGAAAUUAUCCAUGCUCGAUUUAUUAGAGCUGUUUCUGAAUUAGAACUUUUAGGCUUUAUAAAACCCACGAAGCAGAAGACUGACCAUGUAGCACGGCUGACAUGGGGAGGCUGCUAA